AUGCCCUACGGUUCGUACCCGUACAUGAACAUGAACAUGUACAGCCCGGUGACUGGGGUGCGAGCUGAAGAUCAGUAUGCUGCCCUCUACGCUGCGAGUAUGCCGUUUGGAAUGGGUGUGGAUUUAUCGGCGAUUCUUCCACCGACGACUCCGAUGUCGCAAGCGGGAGCCAGUCAACAACAUCCGGGUUCAACCCAACAUCGCUCUGACACUCAUAAUCUGGUCGACAUGAACAAAUUCGCUUCUGGAAACGCUAGAGAUGGCACCGGACAACAACCGUCGAACGUCGCACCGCCUCCUGGAUUCGCGAACCCGUCGUUUAUGCCACAACCUGGCUUGUCGUCCCUGUUCCUUCAACAACAAUUUCCGCCGCAUCCAUAUUCGUUUAUGAUGCCGAAUGUCGGAUCUGGACGUCAGAUGUAUCCACAGGAGGACGAUCGCAAAUCUUACGAUAAAAUGGGAGGAGCAAAACAAGCACAACCCACUCCUCCGCAACACUAUCACAACGGUGGAUAUCUCAACAGCGGCCUCAACAAGAAGCCCUAUAACUGGAACUCUUAA